CAUAGCCUUAAACACAAAAUAUGGAGAUGGAGUGGACUAGAGGCAACAUCAUCGGACAUGGCUCAUCCGCCACCGUCUACCUCGCCACCUCUCGUCGCUCCACCGAUGUCUCCGCGGUUAAAUCAGCGGAGACAUCACUACCAAACUCAAACCAACUCCAGAGUGAACAAAGAAUUCUUUCUUCUCUGUCCUCUCCUUACAUAGUUACCUACAAAGGUUGCAACUUUUCAAAGGAGAAUAACAAGCACUUGUUCAACCUCUUCAUGGAGUACAUGCCCUUUGGAAAUCUCUCUCAGGUGACUUGCCGGAACGGUGGCCGGCUCAACGAGGCGAUGAUAGCAUACUACACAAGACAAAUUGUGGAAGGACUUGAGUACUUACAUUCAAAAGAUGUAGUGCAUUGUGAUAUCAAAGGUAGUAACAUAUUGGUAUGUGAAAAAGGAGUUAAAAUAGGAGACUUUGGUUGUGCAAAGAUGAUCGAUGAAAUUGCGCCAGCUGCCGGAACACCGAUGUAUAUGGCGCCGGAGGUGGCGCGCGGCGAAGAACAAGGGUUCCCUUGUGAUGUUUGGUCACUUGGUUGCACUAUUGUUGAAAUGGCAACUGGUUUUUCACCUUGGUCCAAUGUGGAAGACUCUGUUCAUGUUCUGUAUCGUGUUGCAUAUUCUGACGAAGUUCCUAUGAUUCCUUGUUUUUUAUCUGAACAAGCAAAGGAUUUCUUGGAGAAGUGCUUAAGGAGGGAUUCUAAGGAGAGGUGGAGUUGUAGUCAAUUGUUGAAGCAUCAAUUUCUUGAUUGUGGUGUUGAGAAAAUUGAAGAAUUUGAUUCAUGUUCACCAACUAGUAUUCUUGAACAGGGCUUUUGGAAUUGUGAUGAAGGGUCAGAAAGUUUCUUUUUUGAUGAUUUGGGUAAGAUUAAUUUUGUGAAUUGUCCUGUUGGUAGGAUAAAAAAGCUAGCUUUGUGUUCAAGGGAUCCAUGUUGGAAAUGGGGUGAUGAGAAUUGGAUUACAACUAGAGAGAAUGAUGCAGAUGCAGGGUCUUCAAUUAGUGAUGAAUUGGAUUUUGAUGAGUUAGAGAAAAGUGAUUUUAGUGGUAGAAUUAGUGGUGAUUAUUUUGGUUAUGAUUAUUCUAAUUGUAAGAUUAGGGAUGUUAGUUAUGUAGCUAAUAGCCUUAAUUUUGGGAGAGGCAUUGGAAGGUUGAUGCCCCAAUCAACAUUAGAUUUUUUAUAAUUUGGUUAUUUGGGAACAUUUUUUGUUAUGAUUUAAAACACUCAUAUUACAAACUUGCCAUUGUAAUUUCUAUUGCAGUUAAUGUUUUAGACACUUUUUUGGCCACUAGCCUAACUAAA